AUGAUAGGGGAAACCCAAGUCACUGUUGCAGCCCAUCGAUCUUUAAAUCAUUCUAGAGGCGUUAUAUCGGAACGAGAAUUCCAGACGGACCUUGAGGAAGACAUCCUAAAUUGUCUCAAAGAACAAAAUGUAAUAGCUGUUCGUAGAAUCACGAUUAAAAAAAACAAUCAAAUCCAGCCUACAAAGCACCUUAUCUUAACAUUCAACACUCCUGUUUUACCAAAAUCUGUGAAAAUAGCCUAUAUAAACUGUUCUGUUAAACCAUACAUACCGAAUCCCAUCCGAUGUUUCAAAUGUCAGAAAUUUGGACACACCAUAACUGCAUGCAGGGGAGACAAAGAAAUUUGUGCUCGAUGCUCCCUUCCUGAUCAUAAUAGUAACAAUUGCACUUCGACAACACCAAAAUGUUUCAAUUGUAGCGGUGACCAUCCGGCAUACUUCCGAUCAUGCCCACGUUACAAAGAAGAAAAAGAAAUUCAAACAGUUAAAAUCACAAAAAACAUACCUUUUCCAGAAGCUCGAAAAAUAGUAACAGACAGAACACCUUAA